AUGGUCACCACCAGGAACGGUGCACUGAAGCACCGCCGAGUCACAAGGAGUAUGGCCACAUCAAAAGCUGGCUCAUCGGGAAUUGUCAAGCAGAAGGCCACUUCCGCUCCCAAGGAGGCGCGCAGCAACACCGCAUCGAAGAAGAAUAAGACAUUUGCUCCUACCAAGCGUGCUGAAGCAGAGGAGACCAUCCCUGAGCAAAUAAGCGACGAAAAUUUCACAGCCAGGCCCAAUACCAGGAGCAUGGCCAAGGAGACCAAUCUCACCAAACCCACCAGCAGCAAACCCUCAUCGCGCCUCAUUACCAUUGCUGCUUCUGCUGCUCGUCCGACUACUCGCAGUAUGACGAUCAACAACAGAGAUACCGCCAGAACUGCAGCAUCUGAACCUCCUACUCAGGCUGAAACGAACCUCACAACUGCUCCUCGCCAUAUCAAUCGGCAGAGAGCAACUCAGACAACUCUUCCCACAUGGACCACGACCAACGUUGCCCCUGUUGAUGACGUUCAAGCACGCCCCGACCCUUCUGUCGCCACAACCCCUGACCCUCCUCGUACUCGCUGUGUAAACGCCAGGAUCAUGAUUACCCCUCGCGGUCGUUUUGUCAGAUCCGAACCGACCGCUCAGCUCACUGAAGGUCAGUGGCGCUACAUGAUCGCCAGAACCCGUGCUUCACUCAGACGCGCGCUUGAGGGUGAUCAAGAAUGGCCUGACCUCUCCCAUGGCCAGCGCAGAGAGAUGAUCAGGAUGUUCGCUUGGGUCGAGUCAGAACCUGGCAGAACCCAUCAUGAUUACUUUGACCUUCCUGUCCGCCACGAGGCUUUGACUACCAGACCCAUGGUUGAUAUGUCGGGGUACAUCACUAGAGUGCGUACUUGGUAUAAAACUUUGAAGACAGGCACCAACAAUGGCGAAGCAGAGUCCACUGAAGAUGGGGAUGAAGACGUUAUCGAGGAGGAUUGA